AGUAGGUGACUCAAAUAAUCAGAGUCUGGAGCACAUGCUAUGUGUCAAAAGGGACCUUCUUUAAUUGCUUAAGCCUCAGGCACUAUGUUCCGUAAGAAGAAAAAGAAACGCCCUGAGAUUUCUGCUCCCCAGAACUUCGAGCACCGUGUACACACCUCGUUUGAUCCUAAAGAGGGAAAAUUUAUUGGCCUGCCCCCUCAAUGGCAGAAUAUUCUGGACACCCUGAAACGGCCCAAACCAGUUGUAGACCCAUCAAGGAUCACCCGAGUGCAGCUUCAGCCUAUGAAGACUGUUGUCAGAGCCAGCACAUUCGAAGUGGAAGGAUACAUCUCUGGGAUCCUGAAUGACAUCCAGAAGCUUUCCCUCAUCAGUUCUAACACCCUGAGGGGGAAGAGCCCCACAAGCAGGAGAAGAGCCCAGUCCCUGGGACUUCUGGGAGAAGAUGGACCUACUGAAGCUGACUGGACAGACAAAUAUGGAAACUACCUCAACUGCAAUGGUGGAAGCAAAUCAGCUCGAAGGCAGACUUUGUGGCCAGAUUAUAAAACCAUGUUGGACGACCAAGUUUACUCCAAUGGCCUAGUAAUGAAAGCACAGUCCCUGGGGCCUUCAGAAUUCCAAGGUGCAAACAGCCGCUUUGUCCCGUUUGCUCCAGGUUUUCAGCACCAGCAAUACAUCCCGGUUCUUGAUGUAAACAGAGAAGAUGCUGGAAUGAGAAGGAGCUCUGAAGAACGCUAUCCUCAGACUUGCCAAGGGGGACAAACUAGUACAAGGCCUUCCGGGGAAGGUAGUCCUAGCUCCAAAUCAAGGGAAAACAGCUUGAAAAGGAGGCUGUUACGAAGUGUGUUCCCCUCAUCCAACACUUCAAACAAAGCAGGAAGCAACCAACAAAUAAAGCCUAAUCCUUUCUUCAGGCCACCACAGCACUGGGGUUCACCCCACAGCCCGGCAGCCAAAGCCCAGUCCCUUCCUUCUGACCAGCCAGUGCCUGAUUAUGCCAGGAUUUCAGAAGCUGGCACCCCUCAGAAAUCUCCAGUGACUGAGAAGACUGCAGCUUUGCCCCCGGGCAGGCCUUCGCCAGCAGGGUCCCCCCGGAACAGACACACGCAAACCAGCUCCAGCAACCUUCACCUUCCUUUGGACUCUAAAGCACAGCCAGGCAACGAGGACCCAGCCGUCGUGACUCACGAGCAGUUCAAAGCUGCCCUGAGGAUGGUGGUGGACCAAGGUGAUCCCAGGAUGAUGCUGGAAAGCUAUGUGAAGAUCGGGGAGGGGUCGACUGGCAUUGUCUGCAUCGCUCGCGAAAAGCAUUCUGGGCGGCAGGUGGCCGUGAAGAUGAUGGACCUGCGGAAGCAGCAGCGGCGGGAGCUCCUUUUUAAUGAGGUGGUGAUAAUGAGAGAUUACCAGCAUGCCAAUGUGGUGGAGAUGUAUAAAAGCUAUCUGGUGGGUGAUGAGCUCUGGGUACUGAUGGAAUUUCUCCAGGGAGGAGCCCUCACAGAUAUUCUGUCCCAGAUCAGACUGAAUGAAGAGCAAAUUGCUACUGUGUGUGAGUCAGUCCUGCAGGCACUUGCCUACCUGCAUUCCCAAGGUGUGAUUCACAGAGACAUCAAGAGCGACUCUAUUCUCCUGACCCUUGAUGGAAGGGUGAAACUCUCUGAUUUUGGCUUCUGUGCUCAAAUCAGUAAGGAUGUACCAAAAAGGAAGUCCUUAGUAGGAACACCUUAUUGGAUGGCUCCUGAGGUUAUUUCAAGGUCUCCAUAUACCACAGAGGUAGAUAUCUGGUCUUUGGGGAUCAUGGUGAUAGAGAUGGUGGAUGGAGAACCCCCCUAUUUCAGUGACUCUCCAGUCCAAGCAAUGAAGAGGCUUCGAGACAGCCCUCCUCCCAAAAUAAAGAAUUCUCAUAAGACAUCCCCAGUGUUGAGGGACUUCUUGGAACGGAUGUUAACACGAGACCCUGUAGAGCGGGCAACAGCACAAGAACUUCUGGAUCACCCUUUUUUGCUUCAGACUGGCCUUCCAGAGUGCCUGGUGCCCCUCAUUCAGCAGUAUAGGAAGCGCACCUCCACCUGCUGACCCUGAGCUUAAAGAAUACCGAGUUUUUUGGGAACUUCCUUCUGGAAAUACUAAACAGAUUUGGACAGGAUCAGGGUAAUUUAGCCCUGUGAAUACUACAUGCCCAGUGUUCUUUUCAAGAUGUGAAUGUGAGAGGGUAUUUUCACCACCUUUGGCUGCUUUUUAAUGUUUACUUUUUCGCUGAAGACAAUCAAAAACUGGAUUCCAAGAAAUCCUAAUGGUAAAUAUAGAUAUUGUGACGUUUCAGGAGUGUUCACAUUUCAUUAGGACAUAUAGCUUUGGUAAAAUAAUCUAUACAUGAAUUGUAUAUAUCUGCAAACAUCUGGGAACAACAGCUUCUAACUACUGAACUGAAACAAGAUUCCUCACACAAAAAUAUGAAUUUUUGUUGUUUUAUACUGACAACAAGGCCAGUGUCCUCGAUUUGCGUGAAUGACAUCCCAGUUAGGGGUAUUUAGCCCCAUUAGAUAUGAA